AUGAACUCGCUGGCACCAUAUUCAGUUGGGACUUGCCUCACCUCGUUGCAGCCCCAAAAACGCAACCAUUCCAAUUCACUAACAACAACAUGUUCUAUCAAAGUCCCACAACCACCACCAGUUCUUGUACAAAACGAGAAUCAAUUCAAGAGAAGAGACGCAAUAGGCCUCUCCAUAAGUUUUGGCCUUCUUCAUUCUUUAUUACCACCAAUAAUACCAAUUGCAACAGCAGCUUCUGAAGUAGCUCCAUGUGAAUUAACAGUAGCUCCUUCAGGCCUUUCCUUUUGUGAUAAAAUUGUAGGCACUGGUCCUCAGGCUGUCAAGGGACAGCUUAUUAAGGCACAUUAUGUAGGGAGAUUGGAGAAUGGAAAAGUUUUCGACAGCAGCUACAAUCGCGGCAAGCCACUCACAUUUCGCGUCGGUGUUGGAGAGGUUAUCAAAGGAUGGGAUGUAGGCAUUUUAGGAGAUGAUGGAAUUCCUCCUAUGUUUGCAGGAGGUAAACGUACAUUGAAGCUUCCUCCAGAACUUGGAUAUGGUUCAAGAGGGGCUGGUUGUAAAGGAGGUUCAUGUGUCAUUCCUCCUGAUUCUGUACUCUUAUUUGAUGUGGAGUUUGUUAGCAAAGCAUGA